AUGGUGAAAAGGAAAAGCUCAGAGGGCCAGGAGCAGGAGAGUGGCCGUGGCAUCCCUCUGCCCAUCCAGACCUUCCUAUGGAGGCAAACCAGUGCAUUUUUAAGACCUAAACUGGGGAAACAAUAUGAAGCUUCCUGUGUGUCUUUUGAAAGAGUUUUGGUAGAAAACAAGCUUCAUGGCCUUUCUCCAGCUCUCUCUGAAGCCAUCCAGAGCAUUUCUCGCUGGGAACUUGUCCAAGCUGCGCUCCCUCAUGUGCUGCACUGCACUGCAACACUGCUCUCCAACAGGAAUAAGCUAGGACAUCAGGAUAAGCUUGGAGUAGCUGAAACAAAGCUCCUUCACACCCUUCACUGGAUGCUGCUGGAGGCUCCUCAGGACUGCAGCAAUGACAGGCUUGGAGGAGACAGAGGCUCUAGCUGGGGAGGGAGCAGUAGUGCCUUUAUCCACCAGGCUGAAAACCAAGGAUCACCAGGACAUCCCCGGCCCAGCGCCAUGGCUGAUGAGGAGGAGAAUAACAGAAGGAAGUUCUUCCAGAAUUCCAUGGCCACAGUAGAGCUAUUUGUGUUCCUCUUCGCUCCCCUCGUCCACAGGAUUAGGGAGUCUGACCUGACAUUCCGGUUGGCUAGUGGCCUUGUUAUUUGGCAGCCAAUGUGGGAACACAGGCAGCCUGAAGUUUCUGCCUUCAAUGCUCUUGUAAAACCCAUCAGGAACAUCAUUACAGCCAAGAGAAGUUCUCCCACCAAUAAUCAGAGCAUGACUUGUGAAUCCCCUAAUCUGGACAGCGGACGUACUGAGGGACUGCAGGUGGUCUGUGAGACAGCACAGCCAGAUCCUGUACCUCCAAAGGCUUCUGUUUCAGCAUGUCAUCCUGGAAACUCCUUGGAUGGAAGUGUAUCCUCCCAAACCUCCCAGGAGAGAAGUACUGCACAUCCCAGGGUGUCCUUGGUGAUUCCACCAUGCCAGAAGUCUCGCUACGCCACGUACUUCGACGUGGCCGUGCUGCGCUGCUUGCUGCAGCCCCACUGGUCCGAGGAAGGCACGCAGUGGUCACUGAUGUACUACCUGCAGAGGCUGAGGCACAUGCUGCAGGAAAAACCAGAGAAGCCACCCGAGCCCGAGAUCACCCCUUUGCCAAGGCCUCGCAGCAGCUCCAUGGUGGCUGCUGCUCCCUCUCUGGUGAACACCCACAAAACCCAGGAUCUUACAAUAAAAUGUAACGAGGAAGAAAAAUCACUAAGCACAGAGGCAUUUUCCAAGGUUUCACUGACCAACUUGCGUAGACCAGCAGUUCCAGAUCUCUCCACAGACCUGGGCAUGAACAUCUUCAAAAAGUUUAAGAGCCGCAAAGAGGACCGGGAGCGUGAGCGCAAAGGGUCAAUCCCAUUCCACCACGCUGGGAAGAAGCGGCAGCGACGGAUGGGGGUUCCCUUCCUCCUCCACGAGGAUCACUUGGAUGUCUCCCCCACCCGCAGCACUUUCUCCUUCGGCAGCUUCUCUGGAAUUGGGGAGGACCGGCGUGGCAUGGAGAGAGGAGGAUGGCAAACCACCAUAUUAGGAAAGUUCACCCGGAGGGGGAGCUCUGACACAGCGACGGAGAUGGAGGGACUGAGCGCCAGGCACUCGCACUCCCAUCACACGCUGGUCUCUGAACUGCCAGACCCCUCAAACAGCCACGGAGACAACACAGUCAAAGAAGUGCGGUCCCAGAUCUCCACCAUCACUGUGGCAACCUUCAACACUACCCUGGCCUCGUUCAACGUGGGGUACGCUGAUUUCUUCAAUGAGCACAUGAGGAAGCUCUGCAACCAGGUGCCCAUCCCUGAGAUGCCCCACGAGCCACUUGCAUGUGCCAACCUCCCCCGCAGCCUGACGGACUCCUGCAUCAAUUACAGCUGCUUGGAGGACACGGAUCACAUUGAUGGAACCAACAGCUUUGUCCACAAGAAUGGCAUGCUGGAUCUCUCGGUGGUCCUGAAGGCUGUUUACUUGGUUCUGAACCACGACAUCAGUUCCCGGAUUUGUGAUGUGGCACUGAACAUCGUGGAGUGCUUACUGCAGCUUGGCGUGGUGCCCUGUGUGGAGAAAGUUCGGAGGAAGAGCGACAACAAAGAAAAUGAGGCCCCUGAAAAGAGACCAAGUGAAGGAUCCUUCCAGCUUAAAGGGGCUGCUUCUGGUUCAGCUUGUGGCUUUGGGCCACCUCCAAUUAGUGGAGCUGGAGAUGGAGAAGAAGAAGGAGGUGGUGGAGGAGGCGGGGGUGGCGGAGGUGAUGGAGGUGGUGGAGGAGGAGGAGGGCCAUAUGAGAAGAAUGACAAAAAACAAGAAAAGGAUGAAGGCCCAUCUGUCAGCACCCAUAGGCUGGCACUCACAAUGCUGAUCAAAAUUGUCAAGUCCUUGGGCUGUGCCUAUGGUUGUGGAGAAGGACACCGAGGGCUCUCUGGAGAUCGCCUGAGACUCCAGGUAUUCCGGGAGAAUGCCCAGAACUGCCUCACCAAACUGUACAAACUGGAUAAGAUGCAAUUCCGGCAGACGGUGAGAGAUUAUGUGAACAAGGAUUCUCUCAAUAAUGUGGUGGAUUUCCUGCAUGCUUUACUAGGAUUCUGCAUGGAGCCAGUCACUGAUAAUAAGGCUGGAUUUGGGAAUAACUUCAGCACAGUGGACAACAAGUCUACAGCCCAAAGUGUAGAAGGUAUUAUUGUGAGUGCCAUGUUCAAGUCAUUGAUCACUCGCUGUGCAUCCACUACACAUGAGCUCCACAGCCCAGAAAACCUGGGCUUGUACUGUGAUAUCCGACAGCUGGUCCAGUUCAUCAAGGAGGCUCAUGGGAAUGUAUUUCGGAGAGUGGCGCUCAGUGCCCUCCUGGACAGUGCUGAAAAGUUAAUACCAGGAAAAAAGACAGAGGAAGCAGAGCAAGACCCAAAACCUUCUGGCAGCAAAAGAUCUGAGGCAGGAAGUGUCAUCAUUGACAAAGGGCAGGCCUCAGCUGCCCCUGAUGAAUGCCGGAGUUACGUCUCCAGCCGCCCAAUGCAAACUCCAGAGCACGAUGAGCAAAUCCAAGGGGCCAAUCUGGGACGCAAGGACUUCUGGAGGAAGAUGUUUAAGUCACAGAGUGCAGCGAGUGAUACCAGUAGCCAGUCCGAGCAGGACACAUCCGAGUGCACCACGGCUCACUCCGGAACCACCACAGACAGGCGCUCCCGCUCUCGCUCCCGACGGAUUUCCCUUCGAAAGAAACUCAAACUUCCCAUAGGUAAAUGGAAUUGGCUGAAGCGCUCCUCCCUCUCUGGCCUGGCUGAUGGAGUGGAAGAUCUCCUAGAUAUCAGCUCUGUGGACCGUCUCUCCUUCAUCAGGCAGAGCUCCAAGGUGAAGUUUACCAGCGCAGUGAAGCUGUCUGAAGGAGGGGGGCCGGGAGGAGGCCUGGACAACGGGCGGGACGAAGAGGAGAAUUUCUUCAAGCGUCUUGGUUGCCAUAGCUUUGACGAUCACUUGACCUCCAAACAAGAAGGAGGAAAAUCCAAGAAUGUUGUGAACCUGGGAGCCAUCCGCCAAGGCAUGAAGCGCUUUCAGUUUCUGCUGAACUGCUGUGAGCCAGGCACCAUCCCUGAUGCCUCCAUUUUGGCAGCAGCUCUAGAUCUUGAAGCUCCUGUGGUGGCACGAGCAGCCCUGUUCCUGGAGUGCGCGCGCUUCGUUCAUCGCUGCAACCGCGGCAACUGGCCCGAGUGGAUGAAGGGCCACCAUGUGAACAUCACUAAGAAGGGGCUGUCCCGUGGCCGUUCCCCUAUUGUGGGCAACAAAAGGAACCAGAAGCUGCAGUGGAAUGCAGCUAAGCUCUUCUACCAGUGGGGAGAUGCGAUUGGUGUCCGCCUCAAUGAGCUGUGCCAUGCUGAGAGCGAGAGUCCUGCCAACCUGCUUGGCCUCAUUUAUGAUGAGGAGACCAAGAGGCGCCUGAGAAAGGAGGAUGAGGAAGAAGACUUUUUAGAUGACAGCACUGUGAAUCCUACCAAAUGUUGUUGUCCUUUUGCACUAAAAAUGGCUGCGUGUCAGCUCCUGCUGGAGAUAACCACAUUCCUUCGAGAGACCUUUCCCUACAUGCCCAGACCACGGACAGAACCUCUUGUGGAUCUGGAGUGCUGCAGGCUGCGUCUGGAUCCUGAGAUGGACAGACACAGGUAUGAGAGAAAGAUCAGCUUUGCUGGGGUUCUGGAUGAAAAUGAAGACUCAAAGGAUUCCCUACACAGCAGCAGCCACACCCUCAAAUCUGAGGCUGGCUUCGAGGAGAAAAAAGAAGGGAGCCCUUGGAGUGCAAGCGAGCCCAGCAUUGAACACGAGGUACUGAGCAACACGGGCAUGGAGGAGAACUAUCAUCGGAACAUGUCGUGGCUGCACGUUAUGAUCCUAUUAUGCAACCAGCAGAGUUUCAUAUGCACACACAUUGACUACUGUCACCCACACUGCUACCUGCACCACAGCCGGUCCUGUGCUCGCCUUGUCCGGGCCAUCAAGCUGCUGUAUGGAGAUACAGUGGACUCCCUGCGAGGAAACAGCACUUUGAACAACGUGGCAAGAGGCAAAAAACAAAAGGAAUGCUCAGACAAGUCAUGCCUGAGAACUCCUUCUCUUAAAAAGAGAGUGAUUGAUAUCAACUUGGAAGGGAAGAAGGACUCUGGAAUGCUAAAGUACAUCAGGAAUCAGGUCAUGAGCCUCUCCCCUGCCCCUCUGUCACUGCUGAUCAAGGCAGCUCCUAUCCUCACCGAGGAGAUGUACGGGGACAUCCAGCCAGCAGCAUGGGAGCUCCUGCUCAGUGUGGAUGAGCACAUGGCUGGAGCAGCAGCUGCCAUGUUCCUGCUGUGUGCUGUGAAAGUGCCAGAGGCCGUUUCUGACAUGCUGAUGUCCGAAUUUCAUCACCCAGAAACAGUGCAGAGACUGAAUGCCAUUCUUAAAUUUCACACACUCUGGAGGUUCAGAUAUCAAGUGUGGCCAAGGAUGGAAGAGGGAGCACAGCAGAUCUUCAAGAUUCCCCCUCCAAGUAUAAACUUCACUCUGCCUUCUCCUGUGCUGGGGAUGCCAUCUGUGCCAAUGUUUGACCCUCCCUGGGUGCCUCAGUGCAGUGGGAGUGUGCAGGAUCCUAUAAAUGAAGAUCAGUCGAAGUCAUUUUCUGCCCGAGCUGUGUCACGGUCCCAUCAGAGAGCUGAGCAUAUCCUGAAGAACCUGCAGCAGGAGGAAGAGAAGAAACGCCUGGGCCGGGAAGCCAGUCUUAUCACUGCCAUCCCCAUCACUCAGGAGGCCUGCUACGAGCCAUCCUGUACACCAAGCUCUGAGCAGGAGGAAGAAGUAGAAGAAGUUGCCAACCUGGCCUCCCGCCGUCUCUCUGUGAGUCCGUCCUGCACCUCCAGUACUUCUCACAGGAAUUAUUCUUUCCGCCGUGGCUCUGUGUGGUCAGUGCGCUCAGCAGUCAGUGCAGAAGAUGAAGAACACACCACCGAGCACACUCCAAACCAUCACGUGCCUCAGCCACCUCAGGCUGUGUUUCCAGCGUGCAUCUGUGCAGCAGUGCUCCCCAUUGUCCAUUUGAUGGAAGAUGGAGAAGUCCGGGAGGAUGGAGUAGCUGUAAGUGCCGUUGCUCAGCAGGUCCUGUGGAACUGCUUAAUUGAAGACCCCUCCACAGUUCUGCGCCACUUCCUUGAGAAGCUCACGAUCAGCAAUCGACAGGACGAGCUGAUGUAUAUGCUAAGGAAGCUUUUGUUGAACAUUGGAGACUUUCCUGCCCAGACAUCUCAUAUCCUCUUUAACUACUUGGUAGGAUUGAUCAUGUAUUUUGUACGGACUCCAUGUGAAUGGGGCAUGGAUGCAAUUUCUGCCACUCUUACCUUCCUUUGGGAAGUGGUGGGGUAUGUUGAAGGACUCUUCUUCAAGGAUCUCAAACAGACCAUGAAGAAGGAACAGUGUGAAGUGAAGCUGCUGGUGACUGCCUCAAUGCCAGGCACAAAAACCCUUGUUGUGCAUGGACAGAAUGAGUGUGACAUCCCAACGCAGUUACCAGUCCACGAGGACACACAGUUUGAGGCUCUUCUGAAGGAAUGUUUGGAGUUUUUUAACAUACCUGAAACUCAGUCUUCUCAUUAUUUCUUAAUGGAUAAGCGUUGGAAUCUCAUUCAUUACAACAAGACCUACGUCCGUGAUAUUUAUCCUUUCCGGAGGUCAGUUUCUCCCCAGCUCAACCUGGUGCAGAUGCACCCAGAAAAGGGUCAAGAGCUCAUUCAGAAGCAGGUGUUCACCCGCAAGCUGGAGGAGGUGGGGCGGGUGCUGUUCCUGAUCUCACUGACACAGAAGAUCCCUCCAGCCCACAAGCAAUCUCACGUGUCCAUGCUGCAGGAGGACCUGCUCCGCCUGCCUUCGUUUCCCCGAAGUGCCAUUGAUGCUGAGUUCUCACUCUUCAGCGAUCCCCAAGCUGGGAAAGAGCUCUUUGGCCUGGAUACCCUUCAGAAAAGCUUGUGGAUUAAGCUGCUGGAAGAGAUGUUCCUUGGCAUGCCCAGCGAGUUCCCGUGGGGGGACGAGAUCAUGCUGUUCCUGAACGUGUUCAACGGCGCUCUGAUCCUGCACCCCGAGGACAGUGCCCUGCUGCGGCAGUACGCUGCCACCGUCAUCAACACGGCCGUGCACUUCAAUCACCUCUUCUCCCUCAGCGGCUACCAGUGGGUGCUGCCCAGCAUGCUGCAGGUGUAUUCUGACUACGAAAGCAACCCCCAGCUGCGCCAGGCCAUCGAGUUCGCGUGCCGCCAGUUCUACGUCCUGCACCGCAAGCCCUUUAUCCUGCAGCUGUUUGCCAGCGUGGCCCCUCUCCUGGAGUUCCCUGAUGCUACAAACAACGGGACCAGCAAAGGAGUGUCAGCUCAGUGCCUGUUUGACCUGCUGCAGUCUUUGGAGGGAGAAACUCCAGACAUUUUGGACAUCUUAGAGCUGGUGAAAGCAGAAAAGCCUCUCAAGUCAUUAGACUUCUGCUAUGGGAAUGAAGACUUGACCUUUUCCAUCAGUGAAGCCAUCAAGCUGUGUGUGACAGUGGUGGCUUAUGCUCCCGAGUCAUUCAGAAGCCUCCAGAUGCUGAUGGUCCUGGAAGCCCUGGUUCCCUGUUACCUGCAAAAACUGAAGCGACAAACCUCUCAAGUGGACACUGGGACAGCAGCUCGUGAGGAGAUUGCUUCUAUGGGUGCCCUUGCCACCUCUUUGCAGGCUCUCCUGUACAGUGUAGAAGUUCUCACCAGGCCUAUGACAGCCCCACAGAUGAGCCGAUGUGACCAAGGUCAUAAAGGGACCACAACAGCAAACCACACCAUGUCAGCAGGUGUCAACACCAGGUACCCAGAACAGGGAGCCAAACUGCACUUUAUCAGGGAGAACCUUCAUUUAAUGGAGGAGGGCCAGGGUCUUCCUCGAGAGGAGCUGGAUGAACGAAUUGCCAGAGAGGAGUUCAGGAGACCACGGGAGUCUCUGCUGAAUAUCUGCACAGAGUUUUACAAGCACUGUGGUCCGAGGCUGAAGAUCCUGCAGAAUCUGGCUGGUGAGCCCCGAGUGACUUCUCUAGAGCUGCUGGAUGUGAAGUCCCACAUGAGACUGGCAGAAAUCGCACACUCCCUGCUGAAGCUGGCCCCCUACGACACGCAGACGAUGGAGAGCCGCGGGCUCCGGCGCUACAUCAUGGAGAUGCUGCCCAUCACUGACUGGACAGCUGAGGCGGUGAGACCUGCCCUGAUCCUCAUCUUAAAGAGAUUGGAUCGUAUGUUCAAUAAAAUUCACAAGAUGCCUACUCUGAGGCGCCAGGUUGAGUGGGAGCCUGCCAGCAGUUUGAUUGAAGGGGUUUGUUUGACACUUCAGAGGCAGCCUAUCAUAUCCUUCCUGCCUCACCUUAGGUCUCUGAUCAAUGUCUGUGUCAAUCUGGUGAUGGGAGUGGUAGGACCCUCCAGUGUGGCUGACGGAUUACCCCUUCUUCAUCUCAGCCCUUAUCUCUCGCCACCUCUGCCCUUCAGCACAGCUGUUGUCCGGCUUGUAGCAUUGCAGAUACAGGCUUUGAAAGAAGAUUUUCCCCUAAGCCAUGUCGUCUCCCCAUUCACCAAUCAGGAAAGAAGGGAAGGAAUGCUUUUAAACCUACUGAUUCCAUUUGUGCUCACAGUAGGAUCUGGAAGCAAAGACAGCCCCUGGCUGGAGCAGCCUGAGGUCCUGCUGCUGCUCCAGACUGUUAUCAAUAUCCUCCUGCCACCUCGCAUCAUCAGCACUUCCCGCAGCAAGAAUUUCAUGCUGGAGAGCUCCCCUGCCCACUGCUCCACGCCAGGGGAUGCGGGGAAGGACCUGCGGCGCGAAGGGCUGGCAGAAUCCACCAGCCAGGCUGCCUACCUGGCCCUGAAGGUGAUCCUUGUUUGCUUUGAACGCCAGCUGGACAGCCAGUGGUACUGGCUGAGCCUGCAAGUCAAAGAGAUGGCCCUGCGGAAGGUGGGAGGGCUGGCCCUGUGGGAUUUCCUCGACUUUAUCGUUCGAACACGGAUCCCUAUCUUUGUGCUCCUUCGGCCCUUCAUCCAGUGCAAGCUGCUGGCCCAGCCAGCUGAGAACCAUGAGGAGCUGACUGCCCGACAGCACAUCUCCGAUCAGCUGGAGAGACGCUUCAUCCCGCGCCCACUCUGCAAGAGCUCCCUCAUCACCGAGUUCAACAACGAGCUGAAGAUCCUGAAGGAGGCCGUGCACAGCGGGUCUGCUUACCAAGGGAAGACAUCUGUCAGCACUGUGGGCACCUCCACGUCUGCUUACCGCCUGAGCCUGGCCACCAUGUCUCGCUCCAACACCGGCACUGGCACGGUCUGGGAGCAGGACAGCGAGCCUUCCCAGCAGGCCUCGCAGGACACGCUGAGCCGCACUGAUGAGGAGGAUGAAGAAAAUGACUCCUUGAGCAUGCCCAGUGUGGUAAGUGAACAAGAAACAUACCUUAUGGGUGCCAUUGGGAGGAGGCGCUUCUCCAGCCAUCUCUCCAGCAUGUCUGCACCUCAGGCUGAGGUGGGCAUGUUACCCAGCCAAAGUGAACCUAAUGUCCUCGAUGACUCCCCGAGCCUGGCCACUGAGGGCAGCCUUUCUAGGGUGGCAAGUGUGCAGAGCGAGCCAGGACAGCAGAACCUCCUUCUGCAGCAGCCCCUGGGGCGGAAGAGAGGGCUACGGCAGCUUCGACGACCGCUGCUGUCACGUCAGAAAACUCAAACCGAACCUCGGAGCCGUCACGGAGCUCGACUUUCAACCACGCGGCGCAGCAUCCAGCCAAAGCCAAAACCCUGCGCGGAGCAGAAGCGGUCGGUGACGUUCACCGAAGCCCAGCCCGAGGCCCCCGCAGCCUGUGCCGUGGACCCGGCUGCACAGCAGCUGGGCUGCAGCCACAGCAGCCCCCAGGCCAGCAGCCAGCAGGAGCCCCCCAGCAAACCUGUGCUGACCUCCUCACCUGCCAUCGUCGUAGCUGAUCUUCACAGCCAGGUAACCUCUCCUCAAUUGCAGAGUGAGGCACUCUCUGCUGAGGAGGAGAAGGAAAAAGAGGAGGGCUUGGAGUCCCGGCCAACAACAGCACAGGGCACUCCACCCACCCAGCUCUCUGACACCGAGGACUACGCUGGCCUGGAGACCACCAGCUUGCUGCAGCAUGGGGACACUGUCCUGCACAUCAGUGAGGACAACGGGAUGGAGAACCCUUUGCUGGCUACUCACUUCAGCUUCACGCACGUGGAGCUUGGGGAGACGGAUGUUGAUCUGGACGAAUCUCAUGUUUAA